GAGCGACGGGGCGGCGGAGGACGAGGAGGAGGAGGAAGCGGAGGCAGACCAACAAGAUGGCCCCUGCUGCAGGAGCAGCCUCAGCAGCAGCAGGUGGGAGACCGGAGGCGGCGCUGGCGGCGGCGGCGGCGGCCGUGGCCCGGAGGCCUGGGACGGAAUCAGAGUCGACGGUGGUGGCGGCGGCGGCGGCGGCUGCCGCGGCGGUGGCGGCGGCCGCUGGGACUCGGAGCUGAGAGGAGCUGCGGCUCGGACCGGCGCGGUUAUAUUUCACACUAUGUGCUGACUGUAUCUACAGAAGAUAUUUAAAAAAAAAGAGAGAUAAACUUUUUUCAAAAAUUUUGAUUCCAGUGGAAUCUUUGCUUUAGAUUUGUGUGUGUUAGUAAAUUGCAACUGCAGAAGCAAUGCCUGUGCAAGCUCCACAAUGGACGGAUUUCCUCUCCUGCCCAAUCUGCACUCAGACUUUCGACGAGACGAUCCGAAAGCCCAUCAGCUUGGGCUGUGGCCAUACUGUCUGCAAGAUGUGCCUCAAUAAACUCCAUCGCAAGGCUUGUCCAUUUGACCAGACCACUAUCAAUACAGACAUUGAGCUCCUCCCCGUGAACUCAGCAUUGCUGCAGCUAGUGGGUGCUCAGGUCCCUGAGCAACAGCCUAUUACUUUAUGUAGUGGGGUUGAAGAUACAAAGCAUUAUGAAGAAGCCAAGAAAUGUGUAGAAGAAUUAGCAUUGUACCUGAAACCACUCAGCAGUGCUAGAGGAGUGGGUUUGAAUAGCACGACUCAGAGUGUUCUGAGUCGCCCGAUGCAGAGGAAGCUUGUGACUCUGGUCCACUGCCAACUAGUGGAAGAAGAAGGCAGGAUCCGUGCCAUGAGAGCAGCUCGAUCUUUAGGGGAACGAACAGUGACAGAGCUCAUUCUCCAGCACCAGAAUCCGCAGCAACUCUCUUCUAAUCUUUGGGCAGCAGUUAGGGCCAGAGGCUGCCAGUUCCUUGGACCAGCAAUGCAGGAGGAAGCUCUAAAACUGGUUCUACUGGCCUUGGAAGAUGGUUCUGCUUUGUCAAGAAAAGUAUUGGUUCUCUUUGUGGUGCAAAGGUUGGAACCACGGUUUCCUCAAGCUUCUAAAACUAGCAUUGGACAUGUUGUUCAGCUCCUUUAUAGAGCCUCCUGCUUCAAGGUCACGAAACGUGAUGAAGAUUCUUCCUUGAUGCAGCUGAAAGAAGAAUUUAGAACUUAUGAAGCUCUUCGGCGAGAACAUGACUCCCAAAUAGUGCAGAUUGCUAUGGAAGCAGGCUUACGUAUUGCACCAGACCAGUGGUCCUCUUUGCUUUAUGGAGACCAAUCUCACAAGUCUCAUAUGCAGUCCAUUAUUGAUAAGUUGCAGACCCCAGCCUCUUUUGCACAGAGUGUUCAGGAACUAACAAUUGCUCUGCAGCGGACUGGAGACCCAGCAAACUUGAACCGACUAAGACCCCAUUUGGAGCUGUUGGCAAACAUUGACCCUAGUCCAGAUGCUCCUCCUCCUACUUGGGAACAGCUAGAAAAUGGGUUGGUUGCUGUACGUACAGUGGUACAUGGGCUGGUUGAUUAUAUUCAGAACCAUAGCAAAAAAGGAGCAGACCAACAACAGCCUCCACAGCAUAGCAAGUAUAAAACAUACAUGUGUCGGGAUAUGAAGCAGAGAGGCGGAUGCCCUCGUGGGGCCAGCUGUACAUUUGCACACUCACAGGAGGAACUGGAAAAAUUUCGAAAAAUGAACAAACGCCUGGUUCCCCGAAGACCGCUGAGUGCCUCCUUGGGUCAGCUUAAUGAGGUGGGCCUGCCUUCAGCGGCUCUCCUUCCAGAUGAAGCUGCAGUGGAUCUGCCCAGCAGGAAACCUCCUGCUCUGCCAAACGGAGUUGGACCAGCAGGGAACGCAGUGACACAGCUGAUUCCACGGGGCACAGAGCCCAGCUACGACUCCAGUCUGAAACCGGGGAAGAUGGAUCAUCUGAGCAGCAGUGCUCCAGGAUCCCCUCCUGACCUGCUAGAACCUGUCCCUAAGAGUAUUUCUGCCUUACCUGUGAAUCCACAUCCUGUACCUCCAAGGGGGCCAGCGGAUCUGCCUCCUAUGCCUGUCACCAAACCUCUCCAGAUGGUACCGCGAGGUUCUCAGUUGUAUCCAGCACAGCAGGCAGAUGUUUAUUACCAGGACCCUCGAGGAGCUGCUCCACCAUUUGAACCAGCACCUUACCAGCAUGGUAUGUACUAUACUCCGCCUCCACAGUGUGUGUCCCGCUUUGUCCGACCUCCACCAUCUGCUCCUGAACCUGGUCCUCCGUACUUGGAUCAUUAUCCGCCCUACCUCCAAGAUCGUGUAGUAAACUCUCAGUAUGGCACGCAGCCGCAACAGUACCCACCUGUGUACCCACCUCACUAUGACGGCCGUCGAGUUUACCCCGCUCAGACUUACACAAGAGAAGAGAUUUUCCGAGAAAGCCCUAUACCCAUUGAGAUUCCACCUGCAGCAGUACCAUCCUAUGUACCAGAAUCCAGAGAAAGAUAUCAACAGAUGGAGGGUUACUAUCCAGUGACUCCUCAUCCAACUCAGAUCAGAGCUUCGUACCCUAGAGAGCCUCCUUACAGCCGGCUUCCUCCCCCUCCACAGCCCCAUCCUAGUCUAGAUGAGCUACAUCGCCGCCGAAAGGAAAUAAUGGCCCAGUUAGAGGAAAGAAAGGUUAUAUCUCCACCUCCUUUCGCACCUUCACCAACACUGCCUCCUACCUUCCAUCAAGAGGAAUUUUUGGAUGAAGACUUGAAGGUGGCUGGGAAAUAUAAAGGAAAUGAUUAUAGCCAAUAUUCUCCCUGGUCAUGUGAUACCAUCGGCUCCUACAUCGGAACCAAAGAUGCCAAACCCAAAGAUGUUGUGGCAGCAGGGAGUGUGGAAGUGAUGAAUGUGGAAAGUAAAGGAAUGAGAGAUCAGCGAUUAGAUCUUCAGAGAAGAACAGCAGAAACCAGUGAUGACGACCUUAUUCCAUUUGGAGACCGACCAACAGUAUCUCGGUUUGGUGCCAUCUCUCGAACUUCUAAAACAAUUUAUCAAGGUGCUGGCCCAGUGCAGGCUAUGGCACCUCAAGGAGCUCCCACAAAAUCUGUUAACAUUUCAGAUUAUAAUCCGUAUGGAACCCACGGUGGCUGGGGAGGUUCUCCAUAUUCACCUCAUCAAAACGUACCUUCUCAGGGACACUUCAGUGAGAGGGAAAGAAUGCCCGUGUCGGAAGUAGCCAGUCAUGGAAAAGCCCUUCCAUCUGCAGAUCGAGAACAGCUACGACUGGAAUUGCAGCAACUGAAUCAUCAGAUUAACCAGCAGACCCAGCUGCGUGGACUAGAGGCUGUUAGUAACAGGCUGCUGUUGCAGAGGGAGGCGAACACCCUGGCAGGCCAGCCACAGCCCCCACCGCCACCUCCAAAAUGGCCUGGAAUGAUCUCAAGUGAGCAGCUGAGCCUGGAACUACACCAAGUGGAAAGGGAAAUAGGGAAGAGAACCCGGGAACUGAGUAUGGAAAACCAGUGUUCCCUGGACAUGAAAAGCAAAUUGAACACAAGUAAGCAAGCAGAAAAUGGACAACCAGAACCACAAACCAAGGUUCCAGCUGAGGACCUCACAUUGACAUUCAGUGAUGUUCCAAAUGGAUCAGCCUUGACUCAAGAGAAUAUCAGCCUCCUAUCAAACAAGACCAGCUCUCUGAACCUGUCAGAGGACCCUGAGGGAGGAGGGGACAACAAUGACUCCCAGAGAUCAGGAGUUCCACCCAGUUCUGCUCCCUGACACAUGAGGAGUUCUCUGUUUAUCUUCUGCAAGUGGUCAGAGAAAUCCAGGAAACGUACCGGAGGCAAUGUGCACAAAUACCACUACGAAAACAACCCUGCACAUAGUCCACAUAAAUGCAUUUUUUAAUUUAAAGAAAAAGAAAAUUAGCAGUAUCUGCAAGCAAUUCAGAUUAAAUUUGUUUUUGUUCUGUGAAUGAACUUUAUUUUAAUAACUUUGGACGCCUUGGAUCCAGGGCUUUAAAAAAAAAGAAGAUAUUAUAUAUACACUCUGUUUGAUUAAUUGUAUGAUCUUAAUGAAGUAGGUUUUUCUUGUAUUUUGGUAUUAUUACAUACCCAGUGUAUAAUUCCUUGCCCCCAACCCUUUCCAACUCUCAUCAUCCCAUAAACUGAAGUAGACAAAAAGCACUGGUCUUUCUGAGAAUUCUGUGGUGCUUGUGAAACAAAGAGACAGUGAUAGACUGAGUUAUUAGAAAAUGUGCAGCAAACCAACUUUUCUCAAAGCUCUUAUUUCAAAUUCCCCUUCCUGGAUCACUAGCUUCAUGAAUAUUUCUCUUAUGAUACUGAAAAUUUUGAGUUUGGGAACAUUUUAUUUCUUGUUUUAUUUAUCAGAUACUUAAUAAUUAUCAGGUCCUUGAUUUCCAUACUGAAGAUCCUUUGCAUUAAUGUAAUAGCCAAUUGAGUGUUUGGAUUGUUUGGUUAGAUUUAAGCAGAAAUUGCUUCAAGGAUGAACUAAUUUACUAGCAGCAAAAAUACACAGUUAGUGCAUUGUCUUCAUUGAGCUCAUGGUUGGAAAUUUGGAGCUGUGCUUUCUAAAUUAAACUUAGGUUGAAAUCAUAGAAUGUUCAAAAACCAGAAUAGUCAUCCAUAUUUUAAAAUUGUAACACUUGAUUUGAAUUUAAAAUACACAGAGGCACAUUAUUUCAGUGGAUGUUUCUCUUCACUCUCAAAACGUAGAAAUAUAAAAUAAAAAUCUCUACACAGUGGAGCCUGUCGGGCCUUCAAAGAGAUUGGGCAGACAUGAGCUGCCUGAGUCUCACAAUGAGAUGUUAUGAAUUAAUCAUCAGUUGCUCGUUGCUGCUCAGAAUCAUUAGCAUAAAUGGGUAGUAAAUACCUUGAAGUCUGUUUUCAUAAACUUGGCUUUUCAGUAUUGAGAAAGUUUCUUCAUGAAAAUGUUAAAAAGAGUAAGGAAGGAAGUUUUUAUUAUUUAAUUCUGCUGCACAUAUUCUGAUGCCAGGAGUCUAUACUUAACUAAGCCCCUAUGAAACAUGUUUAGUGGGGGAUUGUUUCAUAUUGUCACCCUCUCCAUCCUUGUGUUUGCCUAGUUUUUUCAGUUUCCUUUUCUGGAUUAUACUACUAAAUCAGAAAGCACUGGUUAUGUAAUAAGUUACUGCAUUGCUUUGGUUGGGUAAAAGCAGAAGUUUAUAUUUUUUUGUUUCUUAUUUUCUUAACCCUUAACUCCUGCUGAGGUCAUAACAGCCUCAGUCUAAGCUCUCUGUCCAUCAUACUGUUAACUGAAACAAAUAGGGGGUGGGGAGGGUAAUACAGUCCUGCCAUUGCCUACCAGUAGGAGAGUCCAAACAGAACACUCUUUUGAGUAGCGAUUAUUUAAUUUGCCCAGUCAAGGCACCGUGUUAAUAUACUAUUUCACAUUGAAUUUGAUUAUGCCCUACAGACCUGGCUGGUCAAGGAUUUGAUAUACACAUAUUGGCUUGGGAUUCGAGCUUUCUUUUUUAUUUAAAUAAAAUUUUAUAUAUAUUAUAUAUAUACAUAUAUACAUAGCUAUAUCUGUAUAUAUAUUAGGUAUGUUUUAAGGAUUUCUUCGCAUGAGCGCAGCUGUUGCGAUAAAAUGACUGAUUGGGAGGUAGAAGCACUGAAUGAAGGUGAGGCAUUUUUUCAGUUGAUAUGUCCAUUUUCUUUUUAAUGUACAUUUGCCCUUUUUUUGUCUUUUUUGAUUUUUACUUAAAACCCUCCUGUAUUUACACUUUAAAUUCUUAUUAUUUAUUGGGAGAAGGAAAGGAACUUUUGUGUGUCUCACAGAGUCCCAAGAUUUUUCAUUUCUCAGCAUAAAAAGUCACAUUCGUGGCCUCCCAGCUUCUGUAGGCAUGCUUAGGCAGACCUCACUUCUCCAGUGCCCAUGGAGAUAAUUCCUACAUUUUAGAAGGAAUUGGUCCUUUUUGGAAUUCAGAAUGAUUCUGGCUUUGGAAGAUAAUUUAUGGCUAUUAAUGUUGAAGUCCAGAAUAAAAAUAAAUCCCUACUGGGGUGUCUGUUGACAGCCCCAGUGACUCAGUCUGUUAUUUGUGUUCUUCCUUCCUCAGACGCACGUCCUGCUUUUGCCAUUUUGUUUUUGUUGGCCAUGGAGACACAGAGAUGGAUUUACAGAUUAUUCCUAUUCUGAUUAAAACCAGAAAAACGAAUGUUCAGAUUUGAUUUAAAGUAGGUGUCUUUCUCAUUUUCAUGUGUUUUCAUUUGCUUUUUUCAUUUUUAAAGUCUCCUAAAUUGUAGCCUGUUACGGUUCUGUUCUCCUGAUGUAGUCUGCCUGGGCAGAAAGGCGGACAGAUGGUGUGCUGUCCUCCUGUGUCUGUCAUUUGUACUUGACACUGGUCAUUCUGCCUAGCCUAAUAGAAUUUCUUGAAACUUUCCUAAUGACCUCCAGCAGGUUUAAUAAUUCACUAAAGCCCCCAAAGUGUGGGUUUUCCAUUUUCCUUUUCUCUGUGAUAUACUUUGUAUAUGAUGAGCCUAUGUGAAUAAAUGGCCUGAUCAGGCAUAACUGUUUGACUCUUUAACUGCUUUUUUUUUUUUUAAUCAAAAUCUGAAAGGCAUUAAUUUUCUGACUUUUUAAUUUUAUUUUUUCUUUAUGGAACAGUUUAAGAAAUGAAGCCAGUCAGAUAGGAAGUACAGUUUUUAUACUUUCUACUUAUUAAAAUAUUAGUUUCUUCUGAAGAUGACUUUGCUUUUCACUGAAUUCAAAAGCAAGAUUUAAGACAUUUUAAAUGAACAGUUUUCAAAGGGUUAAGGUAGGAGUAAUAAGCAUUGUAUUCACUCUUAUUUAGAUAACAAAACCAAAUUAUUAGAGUGAGGGAAUACAAAGCACUUAGACAUUCUUUUCAAGAAGUCUCUGAAAGGGAUAGAAAAUUGAAGAUAAGACUUCUAGAUUCAACUUCCUGGCAUAUUAAAAAAAAAAAAAAACUCUGAUUAAAAUAAAAUAUCCUUACUUGGAUAAUUUACAGAAGCUGAAGGGACCAAAGAUACAUUCUUUACUACUUUUCUAUUUAAAAGUUAAUUUAGCAUAGGCUUCUAGUAAUCAUUCAGAUUGUAAGACACUGUUCCUAAUGCCAACCACAGAUGUUCAGCUAUUCAGAACGUAUAAAACAGUUGUUUGGUACAGGAGUGAUACAGGUGAUUCCCUUCUCCCAUCUCACCUCACUUUCCCUCUCCUGUUCUUUCCAUUUAUUUAUUCUUUUGCCUGAAAGAUAAAAUCGGUAUGAUUCUCUCUUGCUGCUUUGACUCUGUAACUCCAUUAGACUUUCUAUUGGUCUUAGGGUUGGAGGUCAGAGUUUAAGUUUUUCUGUGAGUUGUCUUCUGUUUUCCUGUCUCUUUCCAUUCUGCAAUUUCCCCUUGACUUACCCACUAUCCUCCCCAAUCUGCAACAGUGACAGUUUGCUGCCUCAAAACAGAGCAUUCAAAUGAAUUCGCUUAGCCAAUAACUUCUAUGAAGUUGCCUUUUCUAAUGGUGUUAUUACUCAGUGAUGCACAAAUGUGGUAUUUGCCCUACUGGUAGGCAAACAAAGGUCUGGUUAAGAUUGGUAACCUGCUGUUUUCUGUAAAGGAGAGCCAAAGACUUGUGCUUUACUCUGUUUUGGUUUUGGGGAAAGUAGUAGCCAUUUUGAUUUUGAAGCCUUUUAGUAUUUGUGAGUUGAUUGUAUUGUUUAAGUAGAUUUAUCCAAAGUUAACUGUUAAAGUUAGCUGACCUUAUUAAAUAUAAAAGUAAUGAAAAUUCAUCAGUUUCUCUUAAAAGUGAAUGUCAUCUUUUAUAAUAUUGUAAGCAUCUCCCCCAUGCAGCCUUUGAGAUUAUCUUGUUCGGAACAGCAUCUUCAGUGUUUUCACUUGUACCCAAAGUAUAAUCCACCGUCACCGUGGUCAAGUCAUGUGUCUGGGUGUAAGAAUUCUUGAGCAUGUGCCUGGUGAGAAAUAAUUAAUUGUAGUAAGUACAUGUUUGAAUUAUAUUCACAUUCAGAGGAAAAUACAUUCUUUUCACUAAAAAUUAUCAUUCAGUUUCUCUUACAUACAAAUGGUGAUGGACAAAGGUCUUAUUAUCAUUUUUCCACUUUGUUUUUACUCAUUUAAAGAGUUAAGUAAAGGUUUCAUGUACAAAAUGUAUCUGCAAAAAUCACUUGUCAUGAUAUAUAUUUCAUUAAAAGGAAAUGUUCUUGUCACUAUUUAGGGGAAAUUCAUAACUUCUCUGGAAGUCAGCUACAGUUUGCUUAGACUUUACCAUAAAAAGUUUUCUUCUUCUGAGAAAAAUAUACCUGUUCUUUUAAGUGAAAAUCAAAGCUACUUCACUAAGAACAAAUUUUACUUUCAGCCUUAGGGACUGAACAAGCACGCAGUGUGCUGCUGUCAUCCUUUUACCCGCGUGCCCAUUUUGCCAGUCCGCAUUUAUGCUGUUCUUCCUUGGACAGCGAUGACUUUUAUAUUUAUUUGUUGCUUCACCUCAGCCUUGUGAAGUUGUCCUGCUGAAAUGACUUGCUGGGGGUUGUAGGUGGGUUGGAGUUAACGUGAAAAUUUUUCUCCAUUCAGCUAUUCUGAGCUACUUCAAAAAGAGCUAUUUUUGCAAAAAAAAAAAAAAAAAAAAAAAAGUACUAUUAACUUUAGUAAACAGUUUAAGAUCUGGAUCUUUAACAUUUAUUUCUGUGAUUGUUAAAGAUUUUUCACAUAUCAUAGAUUCUAAUUGAUAAUAUUAGCUAUAAUGUUAAUAAAAAGAAACCGUUACCAUCAGGAAUAGGAGAGAUUUUUUAAUACUGAGUGUUCCCAAUAAAUAGGUUCUCAGUGCUGCACUGAAUGAGUGGGUAAAGUGCCACUGAAAUCCUGUUGUGAUAAAGGGGCUUACCUCACUGCUAGAAUCUCUGGACUUAGCCGAACACUGAGUUUCCCCUAAACUUUAUCCCUGAGCAAAAACAUCCCUAGAGUAAUAACCCUUAUUUUCAUAAGGCACAAUAGUUGAAAAGGAAGAACUUAAACCUCAAGACUAUAUUGUGUCCAAAAUGUAUACUUAGAAACUCAAUCCUGUGGAAUUUGUCAUCCUCAUGUAUACUAGAUAAGGUGACUUAUUUUCUUAUAUUGAGGUCUCCCUGUUUCUGGUUGGGUUUUAUUGGCUUUGCCUUUGGCUUAGGGUUUUUGUUUUUAACUCUAAGCAGAGCUCACAAGUCUUUGGCAUCCAUUGUAGGUUGUAUGCUCAGAGUCGUCUUAUAACUGGAAACUGUCAGGUGGUCCCCCUCCCCCACCUCAGUGACUACAUGAAAAAGUUGGAAAGAAACUGCUUUGUGGAUAAUAAGUUGCCUGUUUUGUUUUGGUUUUGCUGGAUUUUUAAAAACCACCAUUUUUCAGUGUAAUCUCACUCCAUUAAUUGGCUGCCAUUCUCACAAUUAUAGUUGAACCACCUUAUAAAAAAAUCCCUCAGAUUUAAAGGCAUUUGAAGUGUUUAUGAUUUUUACAUGCUCUGUUCACCUAAGACACUGUCCUGAGAGCUGUUUUUUCUGUGUAUUUUGUUGCCUAAAUUUUCAUACGUAGCCCUUCUUUAUCCUUUUCCUCUUCCCAUCUCUGGGAAUAAAAAGAAAUUUGAAAAAAAAUUGUCCCCCCAUUUAAUUCAUUGCUCCAUGGUCUCAUUAUCUUACUUUAUUAUGGAUCUGUGAUUCAGGGGAACAUGAGCAAUGGAAAAAUGAACUGAAGUAAUGAAUUAAACCUUUUACCCACUCAAACAUUUUCCAGUUGUGAGAUUCCUCUUUGUGUGUGUGGUCUCUCCCUUGUCACCCCCACCCCAGUACCCUUUUCCAUGUCUGUGGUCAAUUUGGUCUUUCAGGCUCAUACCAGUCUCCCCGAGACAUUCUGCAGUCAUUAUCACCUUUUUGGGUGGAUUUUAUUUUUGUUUUAUUUUGUGGGUUUUUUAAAGUAAUUUUUUAAUAUUGAUGCAUAUUUGCUUGAGAUAGAGCUUGUGUAAUUUACCAAUCGUAUUGAUUGUAUGUGAUUGUGCCCUGCAGAGGUAUAUUUAACAAGAUAAAAAUAAUCUAGAUUAAAAGAGGAGCCCAUGAGAUUGGAGUCAGCUUAUAAGUGACUUUAUGAAAACACAGAAUUAAUAUCGCCUGUUCUUAUGAAUCAAUGCUAGACAGAAUAACAUUUUUUGAAAGUUUUCCUGCAUUUCUGUUUUUCUUAUUGCCUCACCUUCCUAUUCUUUCUUGCCUGUCUGUAUCUACUCAUUCAGAAAUUUAAAAAUAUUGAGCCUUAAAGUUACAGCUUAUUUUUAAAUUGCUGAAUUUUGUGUGAAAGCUUGCAUUUUUCAAAUGCUUCCAACUAUUUAAAAGGUGAGGACAGGAAAUGGGUUGGAAUUUCACGAGCUGUGAAUAAUUCCUUAGCAUCUGGUGAACUGUGAAAUCUUAUUUGAAGGCUUUUUCUCUGAAAAGUUCUUCUGGAAUCAAAAAAAAGAACCUUGUUUAAAAGAAUGAACCACUUUCCUCUCAAAAUCUUUAAUAUUUCCAAUGUGAUGCAAUCUUCAAAAAAGUAAAGUCGGGGGUAAAGAAAUAGUAGUUGGAAGAUGUUUAGGGCAACAGAAUUCUGGGUUGAAUAAAAUAGAAGUUCUACUUGUUGCAGAUUUUUGAGAGGGCUAGGGCCAUCUUUUUCAAUUUUGUAGUAUUUGUGUGCAUGUUAUUUAUAGCAGGAUGCCACAUUUUGUUUAAAAUGCUGUCUCCUUUCUUCGUUACCUUGGAAACUGACUCAGCCUCACUUGCUCCUAAUUAGCGUCUCAGGCUCCCUGAGUUGCAGAUAAAAGGGUUUACUUUAACAAGUAGAAGGAGGUGAUUCACCUUUUGGAGUGUAUAUAUAUAUAUAUGGUAUAUAUAUGGAAGUGUCUGCAAGGUCUUUAUCUGCUUUCUGUCAGCAUUUAUAUUAAAUGAUAAAUUAAU